AUGAGCGUCCUCAGGCCCUUCAAAGCGAAUGAUCUGUUCAGAUUCAACAACAUUAAUUUAGACUACGGUAUCACCUUCUAUCUAACUUACCUUCAAAGGUGGUCAGACCUCUGUUUCACCCAAGAAAGUCCAAGAGGCCGAUUACAAGGCUACAUUCUCGGAAAGGCUGAAGGUGCACAAACGGAGUGGCAUGAGUAUCGCCGUCUUUCACUAGCACGCAAUAUGUGCCAGCGACUCGAAUUUGCUUCGGACGAGAUAUACAAAGGGUACUUUGUGGAUCUUUAUGUGCGCUGUAACAACGCACUGGCCAUCAAAAUGUACGAGGGUAUGGGAUAUAGCGUAUACCGACGAGUAAGAGAAUACUAUGGUAAUCUGGGGGUAGGGAAGGGUGGACGAGACGAGGAAGACGCGUUUGAUAUGCGAAAAUGUUUGUCACGCGACAUGGCGCAACGAUCUAUACGGUCUAACGGUCGAGAUAUGAUAGUCAGCGCUCAUGAUGUCUCAUAA